AUGUUGGCCGCACCCGUCAGUCUCCCCACCGUCUUCGCCGGCGCCGCCAUCAUCUUCCUCUUCGCCCUCGCACUGUACCCUUCGUCGCUGUUGCGCUGGUUCCAACGCAAGCGCUACCAAUACGAAGUCACCUUCUCGCUGUACAUGUUGACGCCUACCGAAAAGUUCAUCUUCAAUUCUAUCCUGUUCCUCUUCCUAUCCAUGGUCACCAUCGCCGUCGCGUUAUACCUGCCCCGCCAUGUCAGCAUCAUUGCCCACCGUGCAUAUUACUAUCUCUCUGGAGAUUUGCUCAAGAACGGAACAGCGAGUGAUGUCUUGGGCACUACGGCCGAUAUCCUGACACCCACUACCAUCGCUGAAGUAGCCGGUAGUGCUUGA